AUGUCUUCUCUUCCGCUUCCUCGCGAAGCUGCAAAAUUCCUGAAGCCAGGGUAUCUGCAAAUACUGGGCUUUGCUCAGAAUGUUGUAGACUUCGAUCCUCUUACGCUGGUGAAUAUCGGCAUUUUCCUGGCAGGACUGUUCACUUUCUUGCGAUACAUCUUCACUCGCGUUAUCGUAUUAUGGACGACGGUGCGAAUCAAUGAUGACGACCCUCUCUACAUGUGCUUGAUGCGAUGGAUGUCCGAUCACCAGUUUAUGAAUCGCCAGUUUCGAAGCGUCAAGGCCAUCAGCUCGUCGAGGAGUUCGUGGGAGGACGAAGAAGAGGCGCUCAAGUCCAUGAUUGGCAUUGGCGGCGACAAGGAGCUGUCCGAGCCAGAUCCAAAUAAUCUGAUCAGCUAUCGAUCCAUUGUUGGUCGUACCCCAAUCAGCCUCCAGCCGUUCCAGGGAACUCAUGUUUUCCGCCGCCAUGGAAGCUGGCUGCUCUUUCGGCACAGGAUAAACGCGGGCAGCGAACUCGUGCAGCAACCAAAGGAGAUUGGCUAUAUUCAGCUCCAAUGCUUGGGUUCCUCGUUUGCACCAGUUCAGCGCUUAUUGGAAGAGGCUCAGCUUUACAAUCUUGAGAAAACGAAAACCACAACAACCAUCCAUAGGGCUAUUGCUAAUGUACGUGACCUCGUGCGUUGGACUUCCUUCAGUAGCAGGCCAUCUCGCGCCAUCUCAACUGUCAUCUUUGAUAAGAAUGCAAAACACGAGCUUCUUAGUGAUAUCAAUGAAUAUCUUCAUCCUCACACUAGGCGAUGGUAUUCCAAUCACGGCAUUCCCUAUCGCCGGGGGUAUUUAUUCUCUGGUGCUCCUGGCACUGGAAAGACGAGUUUGACAUCGGCACUGGCUGGUAUUUUCGGACUGGAUAUUUAUGUUCUCAGCUUGCUGGAUCCAAACAUGAACGAAUCUCAGCUGAUGAGGCUCAUGUCCGAGGUGCCUUCGCGAUGCAUCGUACUGCUGGAAGACGUCGACGCUGCAGGACUCAACCGCCCGGAGAGUGAACCGCGGCAACGACAAAAUCGAAAACAUAAAGGAAAUCAGCUAUCACAAGCAGAUGUUUUGAACGCAAUCCAAGGGGGAAAUGUCAACACCACUACUACCUCCUCAGCCACAUCGGUGUCACUCUCAGGUUUGCUCAAUGCAAUUGAUGGCGUUUCGUCACAGGAAGGACGAAUUCUCAUAAUGACUACAAACUCUCCCGAAUCGUUAGACAAGGCGUUGGUUAGACCGGGACGAGUCGACAUGCAUAUCCGCUUUGAGCUGCCCUCACAGGAAGAGAUGCGAGAGCUUUUCUUGUCCAUGUACAAAGAAGAUAUCCCUGACUUAAGGAACGGUAUUGUAGGCGUCGAGAAGGGAGGCGACCACGAGAAAUCUCCUGAUCUAGAAGCCCUGGCUGAGAAAUUCGCCAUCUCUAUUCCAGAGAAAAAGCUCAGUCUCGCUGCUCUACAAGGGUUUCUUCUGCAGUUCAAGAAAACCCCCCAGGAGGCAUGUGAAAAGGCUUCUGAAUGGGCAGAAACGACAUUACAACGGAUGGCUGAGGAGGAUGAGCAGCGAGAUGCAAUGAAAGCCAACUCAUGA